GCGGUCCAUCAGAAGUCAAGGCGCUGGGUCUUAACGGAGUACCGGGACUGCGGGCUGUGGUAAAGAAAAUCGCGAAACGUGGGAUGUUUGGGCGGUAGGCCAGACGAUGAGAGAGGGGGAUCCUACAUGAAGCUGACUGAACUGAGGAGAUCCACACACAAGGGUCUCCAAGCUGGUGCAAGGCAAGAUGGCAGCGCAGGGACAGAGUUAUGGCUACUACCGUACAGUUAUAUUUUCUGCAAUGUUUGUGGGAUACACCCUUUAUUACUUCAAUCGGAAGACCUUCUCCUUUGUCAUGCCAUCUGUGAUGCAGGAAAUAAAACUGGAUAAAGAUGAUCUAGGUCUCAUCACCAGCAGCCAGUCUGCAGCAUAUGCCAUCAGUAAGUUUAUUAGUGGAGUUCUGUCUGAUCAGAUGAGUGCUCGAUGGCUGUUUUCCUCUGGCCUUUGCUUGGUGGGUCUGGUAAACGUAGUAUUUUCCUGGAGUUCCAGUGUAUCUGUUUUUGCCAUUCUCUGGUUUUUUAAUGGACUGGCUCAAGGACUCGGUUGGCCACCAUGUGGAAAAGUCCUGCGUAAGUGGUUUGAACCCUCCCAAUUUGGCACUUGGUGGGCAGUGCUCUCGACUAGUAUGAAUUUGGCAGGCAGUCUUGGCCCCAUCAUUGCCACUUUGGUAGCUGCCAGUUACAGUUGGAGAUCCACCUUGUCCUUUUCUGGCCUGAUCUGUGUGGGAGCUUCGGUUUUUUGUCUUAUACUGAUCAAGAAUGAGCCUUCUGAUGUGGGGCUGAAAAACAUAGAACCUGGGCCCAAAAAAGGAAAACAAGCUUCCCAGUCAGGUGAUGAAACAACACUGAAGGAGUUCUUGCUAUCCCCAUACCUCUGGCUACUGUGUGCUGGAUACCUAGUGGUAUUUGGAGUAAAAACCUGCUGUACAGACUGGGGACAGCUUUUUCUUAUUCAGGACAAAGGACAAUCUGCCCUGAUAGGUAGCUCAUACAUGAGCGCGCUGGAGGUUGGCGGCUUGGUGGGCAGUAUUGCAGCUGGAUUGUUGUCUGAUCGAGCUGUAGCUAAGAUGGGAUUGAGAAAUCAUGGUAAUCCUCGCCAUGGUCUCCUCCUCUCUAUGAUGGCUGGAAUGGCUGUAUCUCUGUACUUGUUUCGUGUUACUGUCACUGCAGGAUCUUCAAAGGUUGAAGGGAUUUGGUCUUUUGCUCUCCAUCCUCUUGCAGAAAUGGCUGGUAUCACCGAACAAGAGGUCUGGAUCUUGAUAUUGGGAGCUGCAUUUGGAUUUUCUUCAUAUGGACCUAUUGCACUGUUUGGAGUCAUUGCCAAUGAGAGUGCCCCUUCCAAUUUCUGUGGGACAUCACAUGCUAUUGUGGCCCUCUCUGCAAAUGUUGGUGGCUUCCUAGCAGGACUCCCAUUUAGCACAGUUGCCAAACACUAUGGUUGGGACACAGCAUUUUGGGCAGCUGAGAUUACCUGCUUAGCUGUUACAAUCAUAUUUUUCUUUCUGCGGAAUAUACAAACCAAGAUGGGCCGUCUACCAAAGAAAGCGGACUGAAUUGGGGGGACUGAACCAUCCACAUUUCCAGACACCCCUCAGGACCAUGGAAGGACUAUACACAAAGGGAAGAGGGGGUGGAUGGUUUUAGGGUUCUAUUUUCUUUCUCCAACAGGACCUGUAGAACUUGAUUUGUGCCAAGAAAAUACCAUGUUCUCUUACCAUUUCAAUCCCAAGUGAAACCAUUUCAGAUUAACACUGGAAAUCCCCAUUCUGCCUGAAGUAGUGAAAAAAUUACUGCUACAAAAAAGCAACACUGUAACCAAACUUGCUGCUUAGUGUAAGCAUGUAGUUUUUCUAUAAUGUUACAGCCAUAUGGAUGGAGAAAUGAAUGUGAGUGAGCAAUGGAAUGAAGAGGAAAAAAAAAUCAUUUAUAUUUCAUAUCACUUCUGGUAAAGAAAUAUAAUAUCUCAUUUCUAUCUCAUUUCUAUCACUGACAGGCUUUAUUCUCCUUACCUUUUCUCUGCAGGUGAUCAUAUAGUUUGAAUUAGGUCUCUCCUCUGUAACAAACUACAAAACAUACUUUUGUACAAAAUCCAGUAUUGCUAGAUAUCUAGUAAUAAUGCACAUUAAUUGCCUUACACUCAAGCUGCAACAUUACAUGCAUUUCAGCAAGAAUCCUUUAUCAAUACAUUUUCAGCCCAUUCACCGAAUGAAGGACUCUGCAGUCUUCUGGUAAUAGAAGGCAAACCUUUCCUUAUUAGUCAUAUGUUUCAGAUCCCUGACUGUGGAAUGAAGAUUUGUUCUUGUAAUGAAUAUAACUGGAAGCCUAAUUGUGGUGCUAAUACUGCUAUAUUGGUGCUUAAUCCUUUUACUGCUGGCAUCAUUUCAUCAUUUGCAUCAUGUGUUUCAUGCAUUUAGAAAUCUCAGAUACAAUACAACAAAGUAUGCAGCUUCAUUGGAGGCAUAACAUCCAGGGCUUGGAAAAGAUGAAGUGCUGGCUGCAGUUUAAUUGUUUUCAGUGACUAUCAUCACUGUAGCAUUCCUCUCCAUCGCUGAGACAGUGCAUGACCUAUAAGAUAUUUGCUUUGGCAUUACAGGAAAUAGGACUGUAGCAAUAUACUGUGGUGAUAAACAGAAAUUGUCUUCUAUCCUCAUUUAACACUGAACCAACCCUUAAUAUAACACUUCCCAAGUCUAACAGAUUUAUUUUUCCCCAACUAGCUACAUUAAACAUGUGGCUGCAAAAAUGAAGGUGAGGCACUGUGCUGCCCUAUUUUCAGCAAUCUAUUACAAUAUUAAAGUUAUGUAUUUUGUUUUUGUAAAUUGAAAUAAAUUACAAAACUGUGAAGUAGGAAAUACGGUUUAUCCGUUUAAUAUAAUAUUAAACUAAAAUACAUGUUGAAAAA